AUGGAAUCUGGUUCACAACUGCCCUUGAUUUGUAACCAAUGUUUAGAGAAUAAACAGAAGGUUAAGUUAACUAAGAUACCGAAUGGUGGACAGUGCAAAAUAUGUACAAUGUCAUAUACUUUAUAUCAUUUUAAACCACAAGAAAGAUCAUCAACUCUAUCGAAAACAUUUAUCUGUGAAAGAUGUGCGAGGCAGCGUAAUGCCUGUCAGUGUUGUAUGCGAGAUAUUAGCUGGCAUAUCCCGAUCAUGCUACGUGAUCAAAUAAUCUCCUUAGUUAAUGACGAUAAAGGCAUGAUAACAAAAGAGGCCAAAAAUGAUAUUAUGAAAAGAUAUCUAGCGUUGAAAAAAGGUAGGCUAGGUGGUGCACAAAUAUCCGGAGAUGCUGAACAAAAUAACUUAUUACUAGAUAAACUUCGAAAUAUCUUGUCUACUGAGACAAGAACUGCUGAUGCAAACAACCACAAUAUCAAUAAAAUUACCGCUCCCAAAAAUAUUGAUGCCUCUAGAUAUAAACAUAUCGAUAUUUCCCAUGUUCUUAAAAAAUUACCGUUAAAGAGCUCAUUUUCAGAGAUGUCAAAACCAACCAAGUCUUUCUUCCUUUACAAUAUUGACCCUUCCAUUCCUGAGUGGAAAAUUUCAGAUCAUAUAGCAACUGUUACUCAGAUGAAAGAUUGGAUGGAUCCCUCGUCUGUAUCCUUAAUAGUGAAUUAUAAGGCGAAAUGUGGUGGUCUUAGGUUUAAAACGGAGGAACUGGGCCUAAAAUUCAUACAGAAAUUGAUAUCAAUGAAAUCAAUCAUAUGUUCCGUAAGAGAUUCUAAUUUACAGAGAGGAAUCUUGAAAAUUGAUCAUUUCGAGGUAUUUGUUAUUCCAUGGGAAUCAGGAUUUUCUUCAGGCUCAUUUGGUAACAAUGUUAACGAGAACAUCAAACUUAGAUUAAGUUUAGAUAAGUUACUUCAGUUGGAAAACAGUAGUUCAAGAAAGGAAGACAGCACUAAUAACAAGAUGAAAGGAAAGAAUUCAGCUGUAUCGAAAAAAAAUCGCGUUACGAAACCCAAAAAGAAGCGUAUUCCCAACUUAACCUUAUAA